UUAAUCUUGACAUAGAUUUACAGUCAAUAGAGAUUAUUGAUAGAACGAUUAUAUUUUUAUAGUAUAUUCUUUACAUUAUUUACGAUGAAUUUCUUUAGAAAAUCACAAAGAAAUGACAGGAUCACCUAUAAACUAAAUCUAUACUACCACAUAUUAUGCGAAAUAGCAAUAACGUCCAGAAUUAGCAACAGGUUCAAUUUUAACCAGGUCAAAAGAGUGUUAACACUUGACCAUUACCACAGACUCCCGAUCAAUAAUAACUUGGUGUUACAUUGAUCAGUGUAUAAAAAGCUAAUGCAUUGAGCUAACAUUCACAGAGUGGCAAAGAGAGCAGGACCUUUCACUUUUUAUUUCAAAUUAGCAUUUAAAACCCAAAAAAUUGCAUAUUUUAUAUUGCUGCUCAACAUGAGUCAUCAUUCUUCAUGGCGAGAGCACCACUGUGCCCCUGGAGACACCAACUGCACAACAAGCCUAAAGGAAUCCUUAAACACCAGGAGCUACAAGUUACUCCAAGUGCCUUUUCAUGGACCGACCCACAGUAACCACCACGAACCUCCAAACCCUUUCCCCACGGUGGAUGUUCCAGAUCAUGCCCACUACAUCAUCGGCUCUGUCAUCCUCAUAGUCGGCAUCACAGGAGUGAUUGGGAACGCAUUGGUGAUCUAUGUGUUUUGCCGAAGCAACAGUCUUCGCACGGCUGGGAACAUGUUUGUGGUGAACCUGGCGGUGGCUGAUUUCUUCAUGUCUCUCACGCAAGCACCUAUGUUCUUUGUGGCCAGCUUGCACAGGCGGUGGGUAUUCGGCGAGCAUGUUUGCGAGCUCUAUGCCUUCUGUGGAGCCCUCUUUGGAAUCUGCUCCAUGAUGACUUUGACCGCUAUCGCUGCCGAUCGUUGCCUCGCUAUAACUCAGCCUCUUGCGCUGGUGAGCAGAGUAAGUCGACGUAAAGCUGGUGUGAUUCUUGCUGUUGUGUGGCUCUAUUCCCUGGGUUGGAGCCUUCCACCUUUUUUUGGCUGGAGCGCCUAUGUCCCGGAGGGUCUCCAGACCUCCUGUUCCUGGGACUACAUGACCUUUACUCCGUCGGUGCGUGCGUACACCAUCCUCCUCUUCAUUUUUGUGUUCUUCAUCCCGUUAGGCAUCAUUGGUAGCUGCUACUUUGGAAUUUUCCAAGCUGUUCGAACAGCAGGGAGGGAGAUACGAGAGCUGAAUUGUGGAGAAACAAAUAAGGUUUAUAAACGUAUGCAGAACGAAUGGAAGCUGGCUAAGAUCGCCCUUAUAGUGAUUUUGCUUUUUAUAAUAUCCUGGUCACCCUAUUCCGUAGUGGCUCUUACCGCAACAGCGGGCUAUUCCCACCUCCUCACCCCUUACAUGAAUUCAGUACCUGCUGUCAUUGCCAAAGCCUCCGCCAUCCAUAAUCCCAUCAUCUAUGCCAUCACACAUCCUAAAUACAGGGCGGCUAUCGCUCGAUACAUUCCAAUACUCCGUUGUAUCCUGCGCGUGAAAGAGAAAGACCUCCGUUCUUCUAUAAGUUCCAGCAGUGCCCUGUGUUCCCGUCGUCCGACCCUCACCAGUCAGUGCUCCACGGGGGUCAGCAUUGGAAAUGCAGCGCGAGCCAACGGCCGCUGGGGAAAGACACGAUUGUCUUCUGUUUCAGAUACUGAUUCGUACUGGACUGAGAGCGAGGCUGAUGGUUCCAGUGUUAAUUCCCUCACCUUUGGCCGUCGUGUGUCCACAGAGAUCUCUACAGAUACAGCCAUUCCUCUCGAAGAGUCAAGUACUACAACAAAUAGUGGGCAGAAAUUAGGAAAAACGAUCCAAGUUUUAGGCCUUCCUGUGCCCACUAUUGCUUUUGAAACAGAUUCAUCAGAUGGGGAGACUGUUUCUGAUGGAAAGAUAUUCCUCCUCAGAGGGGACCUAAAGAAAUAA